AUGCCGAGAAUGUCGCGAUCGUUGUGGAAGAGCAAUUCAUGGCACCGGAGAGGACGUGCACAGGACAAUAUUGUUGUAGAUGAUGAGAUUGUCGACUUGACUGCGCUGGCCGCCACCUGGGCCAUGGAGGGAGCACAUACAGCAGAGACAAGAGUUCUUGCAAUCUACGAAAUUCUCGAACAAAUCCUACUCAGCAUCCUAGCUACUCCAGAUGUCUGCGCCAUGAAGACCAUUCUGCUCUCUCAGCGCGUCAACCGCAACUUCAAGUUCCUCAUCGACAGGUCUGAGCCAAUACAGCAGGAACUCUUCCUCAAGCCAACACCCCAUGGACUGAACGAAGCAACCCGUGAAGAGAAAGAUCUACAUUGGACAGAGUGGGAUCCUCUCCUGUCCUGCCGAACAUUCGACGCGCAACACAACCGGCGGCUGAAAAUGCGCGGGCGCAGAUACAAGGCCGACCCGUCGACAAUCAACGAUUUCGUACAACUCAACAGCAGGUACUUCUACAUUCCGAGAGGGAAAAGCCGGUCACGGUGUCACGGAAAGCCAUACAGUCAAGGCAGUUGGCAACGCAUGUUACUGUGUCACGGGCGAGGCUUCGGCAAGCCGCUGAAGGUGGUGGCUGCUACGCGCGGGACGCUUCACAUCAAUCGGCAAAAUCGGCUGGUUGAGGGAGAAGGGCCCAGGCACAUUGAGAUCUUGAAAUCGAUCGAGGCAGAAGACACCUUGGGAAAGAUCGUAGAUAUGGUCCGGCUGAGAGCGCGAGGUCAGAGUCUGGCUGCACAUGGGUACAGCCUAUCACCUGACGAUGUGGAGAGUGUCUAUAGCGGUGAAAUGAGCGACGACGAGAGUGAUGGAGGCGUACCACUGGAGGAUUACAUCUGA